CAUUCGACCUCAUUCGACGCGUCUCAAUCACGCAGCUCCUUUUCCUUGUUCCAUAUUUCCCCAUGAACCUUUCCCCGCUGGCGUAGGCGACUGAAUACAUAUGGAAUCGGCUAUCGCCAAACAACUUAUUGACAAAAUCUACGAGAAACGGAAAGCGGCCGCCCUUGACCUUGAGAAGCAGAUCCGAGAAUGUCAUCAACAAGGGGACGAACGGCGCAUCACCCAAAUAAUCGACCAGCUCGUCGAAAUGUUCAACAACUCGACCAACCCUUUACAUAUGCGUAACGGCGGCUUGAUAGGGUUGGCCGGUACUGCUAUUGCGUUAGGUCUCGAUGUCGCGCCGUACAUGGAUAAAUUCGUGCACCCCUUAUUGGACUGUUUUGUCGACCCCGAAAACAGGAUACGGUACUUUUCAGCAGAGUGUCUAUACAACAUAGCGAAGGUGUCAAAGGGAGAAGUUUUGGUGUAUUUCAAUGAGAUAUUCGAUGCUUUGAGCAAGCUCGCAGCAGAUUCGGAGUUGUCGGUAAAGAAUGGCGCUGAGCUCUUGGAUCGCCUUCUGAAAGACAUUGUUGCCGAAUCGGCUUCUGUCUAUAUUCCUCAAUAUCCCGAGACUGAGAAGGUUCGCGACCAAGUACAAGGUGUUUUGGUAACGCAUCCUGACGGUACGCUUGGGAAUGAUGGGGAAGGACCAAGGAAGGCCUUCUCCCUUGCACAUUUUAUUCCACUGCUUCGCGAACGUAUCUAUGUCGUUAGUCCUUUCACGAGAAGUUAUCUAGUGUCCUGGAUCACCGUUUUGGACUCGGUCCCAGAACUCGAGCUGAUUUCAUAUCUUCCAGAAUUUCUGGAUGGACUUCUCAAGUACCUCUCCGACCCCAUCGAAGACGUACGCGUGGCGACCGAAACCCUACUUGCGGAAUUUCUUCGCGAAAUACGCGAUAUAAGUGUGGUUCGGAAGCAAACGACAGAAUCUCCCCUUCAGCAAUCGAAAUACAGCGAAAAGUCUGAAACCAAGCCGUCGGAUAACACAAGCGAGAAAAUUCUUGAUACUCCGAUUGAGGAUGCAGAGCGCGCAGCAUUUAUUAUUGAUCAAGACGAACGUUCUUCCUAUGAUCCCGACAGUCUCAGAGAUGAUCGCACGUCUGAUAUUGACUUUCGGGAUGCUGGCGUCUGGGUUCCUGGUCAAGGAGUCAGGAUAGACUACUCGGCGAUUGUAGAGAUACUCAUCCAACAAUUGGACGGAGAACAUGAUGAAAUUCAACAAUCCACUGCUCUGCGAUGGUUAGCAGAAUUUUUAACUUUUGCCUCAGAAGUCAUGCUUCCAUUUACUCCGCGCCUCAUUCCCGCCAUCCUACCCAACCUUGCCCACCACGUCAGCAUGAUUCAAUCGGUAGCCAUCCGCGCCAACAAGCUUCUCUUGAACGUCAUCCAGAACCUCCCCUCUCCGCCUGAAGCACCACAACGUGACAAAGUUGCAUCUGCCCGAAAUCGUGCAUCACCUACACCGGCUACGUCGACCUCAAAUUCGCGGCAGUCCACGAUGGGGAAGGACUCCACCAGAGAAGCGUCAUCACCAGAAUCCGUAGCUGAAACGACCACAGGACCCGCUAAUGCUAGCACGGGACCUAGUGGACUUUCCCGGAGUCGAGGGAGUGGUGUGGAUAUGACGUUGACACCGCGGCCUCCUCCCGUUGCUGAUAUACAGACGAAUGCAGGAUCUAGUCGGUCACAUUCGCCGAUAUCCCUUAAAAGCCAAACGACUGGACCAAACGCCAGCGCGCCUCCCGGAACAAUCCAGGAAGAGCCGGAUCCUUUCGAUUACCAGGCUACCGUGAACGAGUUGACCGUUCAGUUCUUAAGCGAGUUUGAAGAGACGCGAGUUGCAGCACUCAAGUGGCUCAUCAUGCUACAUCAGAAAGCUCCCAAAAAGAUUUUAGCGAUGGACGAUGGUACAUUCCCGGCAUUACUUAAGACACUGUCGGAUAGUUCGGAAGAGGUUAUCAAGCACGACCUCCAACUGCUAGCUCAGAUCUCAUCAAGUUCGGAAGAGACCUAUUUCAAGGCCUUCAUGAUGAACCUGCUAGAACUUUUUAGCACUGACCGUAGACUACUAGAAACCCGAGGUAGCCUCAUUAUCAGACAGUUGUGUCUGAAUCUUAACACUGAAAGGAUAUAUCGCACGUUCGCCGAGAUCCUCGAAAAGGAAGACGACCUCGAGUUUGCUAGUGGAAUGGUUCAGAAACUGAACAUCAUCCUGAUCACAUCACCAGAGCUUGCCGACUUCAGAAAACGUCUGAAGAGUCUUGAAACACGUCAAGACGGACAGGCGUUAUUCACUACGCUAUAUCGGUCUUGGUGUCAUAAUGCAGUUGCUGUCUUUUCCUUAUGUUUGUUAGCACAGGCAUAUGAACAUGCGUCAAAUCUUCUCUACAUCUUUGCCGACCUAGAAAUCACCGUGCCAAUGCUAGUACAGAUUGACAAGCUAGUGCAACUCAUCGAGUCACCUGUUUUUACCUAUAUUCGCCUCCAACUACUAGAACCUGAGCGAUACCCCCAUCUGUUCAAGUGCCUCUAUGGUCUCCUCAUGCUGCUACCACAGAGCUCUGCCUUUGUAUCCCUGAGAAACCGAUUGAACGCUGUUAACUCGGCUGGGUUUCUCCACAUCGCUCCCAAAUCUACUGUUGGAACAAUGUCUACACGAUCCAAGAUCGGUCGCGACGAGAUAAAAUGGCAGGAACUAGUGCAGCAUUUCCGGUUGGUGCAGGCCAAACAUGAAAAAGCACGCCGCCAAGCAUUGGGUACUGACACUACGUCGUUCUCUGAAUAUGCUGACCCGGAAAGACCACUUGAUUCGGGGGAACGGACCGUUCGUAACGCAGGGGUCAGACCACCUAUGCGGAGAAGAGUGACUGGCGAUAUGUCGAUUCACGCUAAUACGACAUCGGUCGUACCGGGUCCGACUACUCCAUUUUCACCCCGAAACGGGGCAUUGUCCCCUUUGAAUCCGCGAGCGAGGGUUGGGGGAAGCGGGAUGAUGGCCAAUGUAAUCUCACCAACCGGUGGGCCCCCAACUGCAGCCGCGGCAUUGGCGCAGCAAGCCCAGAAACAGAGGCGGACGAUCAGCUUGGGUCGGAACGCAAAGUCGUAGUCUCAAUUACAGGCCCUAUAUUUUUUUUCGUCAUUAUUUCGGUUUCUCCAUCUGCAUUUCUUUGCUAUCGCAUACACUGGAUUAGUACACACAUACUCUCUUUGCCUCUUUAUAUGAUAGCCAUAUUUAAUGCUCCUGUAUACACGGAGACGUGAUGACGCAAUAUGGGCCAGGAUUGCAUCCGUGCAAGCAAGGACAAAGUUCGGAA